AUGGCAACUCCGCCAAGUCACAGAGAUUCCUCGCAAUCUUCUCCUCGGAAACGAAGCAGAUCCGCCAAUUUGAGCUUAGCUUCUCGACCAUCAUCUUCUUUCUCAUCGUCACUCGCCCCGGAGGAAGCUUCGGGCAUCACGAUACGCAAUCCUCGGCCGUGGCUGAAGGAAUCGCCAGCGCGAUUCCAGCCGCCCCUCGAAGACCAGGCUGUAGACCAAUUCAUAGAUAAAUAUGUCCUGUAUCCUUGCAAUCAGACGUCUUCUCCUGGCUUCCUGGAGCAUUUGCCUUGCAUGUUUAAAGAGGUCAACAUCCAAGGCCGAUACGCGCUUCGCUGGGCUGUGCAGGCGGCAGCAUACGCAAAUGCCAUCUCACAAAACAAAGAGAGCGACGCGCUUGCAAGCAAGGCUCUGCAAUGUUAUGGCAUGGCACUUGGGGCGCUUGGAGAGUCGCUCGCUGCAUCAGGCAAAGAGCCGGAUGAUUAUGAUCUCAUGACCGUGGUUGUGCUGGAUAUAUUUGAGACAUUAUAUACUCCGAACGAAGUCAGCAAAGGAUCGCACGUCCAAGGAAUGGCGCAACUGCUUCGCCUACGUGGUAGUGAUCUGGUCUACAACGCGCGAGGCUGGAGUCUCUUUCGACUUGCACACCAUCGAAUUCAAAAGCAGCGACUGGCAUAUCACAUGUCGCAAAUCCCCGAGACGUCAGACUUGCUCAAGGGGUUAAAUGAUAACGAGCCCUCGGUCCGCCUCGAGAAGAAUGCCGACGACAUCCUCGAGACAUGUAAGCGGGCGCGGACCUUGUUAAGCCUUAUUACUGCAGGUGGGCUACCGGCAUCGACCGUUGUCGACAUGAUCAAGGAGUUGCAUUCGUCGGACCAGGAAGCGGUCAGUUGGCGGCAGACAUCACAGUGGUCUUUUACCAACAUAGUCGUCGCGGAACGGCCAGAUCUUUCUUCAGCAGCUCAUGGCAUCACAGAAACUAUUCAGCUGCAUCCGGAUGUGUGGAUGGCCUACGAGUGGAACUAUCACAGGACAGCGCGCAUCAUCUUCCUACAACAAGUACUACAGUGCUCCACAGCCGCUCUGGAGGCCCCAGAUCUAGAGGAGGUUGAUGAGCAGACACUGAACACUACCAUUGCAGAGUGCGUUUUGAUGAUUCAAUGGCUGGCCGACGAGUUCCUCGCCACCGUUCCCCAGUCCCUUGGGAGUGUUGAUCAUAUGGGUCGGCUUCAUUCUAGCAACGAUGGCCUGCCUCGGUGCCGCGCCAUUGGCGGGUAUCUGCUUCUAUGGCCAACUCGUACUAUCAAGGCGGAAACAUCUGCGACAAGCAUAGAUCAGAAAGAGCGCGCGCAGAGGGUGUAUGAGAGGAUUCGCGAAUGUACCGGAAUGAAAGAUCUUCUGGGCGACAAAAGCAUCAUAUAA